AUGCUGCGCGCCUCGGCCCGGUGCCCUCGCCCUCCAGGCGGCGCGGAGACUGGUGCCAGGGGCCCCGCGAGACAGCCGGAGACGGGCAAAGCGGUGGCGCGGUCCGCAGCCUGGGCAGGGCCCUUCCGCACUCCUUUCCGCCGCUCCCGGGGUUUGAAGGUGGCCGCAGGCGUGCGCCACAGUCCCAGAGGGUCCGCUCUGCUCGCCCCGGGGCGCGCUCAGUCUUCGCGGCGCAGAGCGGCCGGCCCUCGGCUCAACGUCCCGCUCUCGUUCGCCUCCUCUCCUCCCGACCGCUUCUCCGCGCCGCGCCGGGCGGCAGUGACUCCGCCGGGCACAGACGGCGGCGGCGCAGCAAGUUUCCUCUCGGGCCGCGGUGCGCAGUCAAGAUGGCUGGGCCGGGCCGCUCGCCGCGCCGGGUCAGCCCUGGCGGCCUCCGCUCGGCCCCCAGGGGCUCAUGCCCGCCCCCAAGGCCGCGCCGCCGCCGCCGGAGUUGGGGACCCGCCUCGGCCCAGGCCGCCGCCCUCUUUCUCUGGCGUCCGUCCUUCGUCCGCCUGCCGUGGGGACAGACGGACCCCCGCCGCCGGGAAAAGUCCGCGCCGCGCUCGGGCCGCAGUCGUGGGAGGUGCACGCAGUCCCCUUCCUGCUGGACACACAGGAGCAAAUCCAGACCGGAAGGCGGAUCGGACACCUGAGUGGCGCGGCUCGCGCCCAGCCGCCGCCGCCUCCUCCUCCUCCUCCUCGGCGGGAGCAGCGCCCUUCGCCCAACUUCCCGGCUUCAGCCCCGCUAGCGCCGCGCGGCCGGCUCAUGAAUAUUUAUACAGCGCGGACUCGGUCUCCGCCUCCAGCCCCGCGCGCCAAUCACGGGGCAGCGGGGCGGAGUCCACGCGCUCCCAGGGCUCAACCUUCCUUAAGGCAGUCCCGGAGUGUCCGCACCGUUGUGCGCACUCUCUGCGGAUGGAGAGUUUUGGUAACCUUGGGAUUGACCGCAGAGACAGAGCGUUGGCCACGGCUGUCCCCAAGGCGCUGAGUGCGUCUGAGGUCUUGGUCCCCUUUCCCCGAGUCUGCCCGUGGGGACAGGGACGGGGUUUGGUGCAGCGUGCGCCUCCCCGGCGCGUUUCCAAACCAGCCAAGCCCCUGCUAGCACCCUCCGCGAAUGCGGGUGACCUGCGGGCGGCGGGGGUCUCGCGCUCUUCAGGGCGGCGCAGAGGUUCCGCAGCAAAGUGCCCGGGCCCUGCAGGGGCUCGACGCUGCAGAGGACCCGGGGAAAGGUGCCUUCUUGGGGUUCUCAGAGCGAUGGUUUGUGAGACUUGGAGUUGUGUGGGGAGUCGAGUCAUUCUAAACUGGGGCUGGACCAGGGACGGCCGGGGUGACAUGUCCGGCGUUGGGUGCGUGGGGUGGGGGGCGGGGGGCAAAUGUCCGCCUGGGGUUCUCCUCCCGCCUCCGCUGCGUGACCCGGGGGAGCGUCAGUUUCCCCACUUGGAGGGUUGGGUGAUCGUAGCAACCCUCGAAGAGGGUUUUGAUAAUUAGGUGAGAUUAAAAUAUAGAAAGCCCCGGUACUCCGUGCUUUCUUAGGAGAAGUCAUUCCAUUUCUUUUUAAAAAUCAAAACAAACCCUAAACUUAUAAAUAGGACAGACUGGAAACUCCGGGGCUGGAUUCUCUGCCUGCGCUUGGGCUCUCGGGACGUCUAUUCAUCCAUCCCAAGUUCACGUUUUUGCCAGAGCCUCCUUUUCUCUGGUGGGAGGCGGUGCUGCGCCCUGGCGCGAACUCCGGGACACGUAUCCGCGCUCUGCACGAGGCCGGAGCCGGACUCGAGCUGCUUUUAGCAGCCGCUUGGGCCACCGCCAGCCCAGGCUGCCCCCGCCGGCUCCGCGGCCACCUUAAGACGAGCCGGGGGCGGGGGCGGGGGGGGGUCUGCGGGCGGCCGGGGCCCGCGGCCCGGCAGGUUCAUUUACGCUUGUUAGGGCGUCCCAGGGGGCUGUCUUUCUCCUGGAAUGGAGUGUUUAUUUUUUAAUUGAUGUGCUGUUUCAUUUAGCGCUUGUAUGGAACUCAUGCUGGGGCUGUAAUUACUGUAAUCUCGGGAACAAGCAUUUCUGUUAGCCAGGAGGGUGGCAGAAUGUGUCUCCUCUCUCUCUCUCUCUCUCACCCCCACCCUCCACCCCCGCUCUCCGGCUCUCUUUCCCCCUCCUCCCUCCCAUCUCCCUUCUCCCUCUCUCCCUCUCCCUCCCUCCCUCUCAUCCUUCUUCCCUCUCUCCUCUCUCCCCACUCCUUUCCCUCUCCCACCUCUCUCCGCCGUCCUCUCCCUCUUCCCUCCUUCCCUUUUCUCUCCGCUCUCUCACUCUUCUUGUUUCAAGAUUUUUGCCAUUUGCCAGGUUUCAUACCGGAACAAGUACAGCUGGAGGGCAAAAGUUGCAGAGGGCGUGGGGACAGAGCAAGAGAAUUAAAGGUUGAAUGUAGAAAGUCACUAUCUCUGCCGUUGGCACCUUGUUUCCAGAACUCGAGCCUCCAGAGCGCUUCAGCUGCAGAUGAAAGAUUUGAUGAUGUGGAAUGUGGAAGUUUGGGGAAAGAGAUCCUGUUGGAAGGAAGUACUCCUUGCUGUGUCUGCUGUCACCAGGCCAAGGUGCCCAUGAGAGGAGAUAACAGGCCAGUCUGUGCUGCUGGCGGACAGGCCCACGCUCACUGUACAUGCGGCUGCUACUUUGGAAUACGGCGACUGCACUGCCAUUAUUCAACUUGAUAAUUAUUCUAAAAUUUGUUUUAAAAGUCAAUAAUUGGGCUGGGCCCGGUACUCACGCCUAUAAUCCCAGCACUUUGAGAGGCCUAGGUGGGCGGAUCACGAGGUCAAGAGAUUGAGACCAGUCUGGCCAAUAUGGUGAAACCCUGUCUCUACUAAAAAUACAAAAAUUAGCUGGACAUGGUGGCACAAUGCAUGUAAUCACAGCUACUUGGGAGUCUGAGGCAGGAGCAUCUCUUGAACCCAGGAGGCGGAGGUUGCAGUGAGCCGAGACUGUGCCAUUGUACUCCAGCCUGGCGACAGAGUGAGACUCCCUCUCAAAAAAAAAAAAAAUCAAUAAUUGAUUUUUUUCUCAUUCACAUGGGAAUAUUUGCCAGAUUUUGAUGCUCUUAUUAUGGGAUGCAUUGUGCAUGAGUUUGGGAGCUUUCAGGUCCAGUAAAGUCCUCCUGAGUAAAAGGUGCUUAGCCAAGAGGGACAUCUCAACAUAUCAGUAAAUUAGCUGGGCAUGGUGGUGGGUGCCUGUAAUCACAGCUACAUGGGAGCCUUAGGUAGGAGAAUCUCUUAAACCUGGGAGGUGGAGAUUGCAGUGAGCAGAGAUCAUGCCAUUGCUCUCCAGCCUGGGCGACAAGAGUGAGACUCUCUGUCUCAAAAACAAACAAUCCAACAAACAAACAAAGAAAUGAACCAAAAAAUUGAUGUAGUUCUGGAGUUUUAGUUUCUGUGUUUCUUUUAAGCCUAUUCAUGUAAGUUUUUUCUUUGUUUGUUUUCUUUUUUUUUUUUUUCUGGACGGAGUCUCACUUCGUCACCCAGGCUAGAGUACAGUGGUGCGAUCUUGGCUCACUGCAACCUCCACCUCCUGGGUUCAAGCAAUUUUCCUGUCUUAGCCUCUCGAGUAGCUGGGAUUACAGGUGCCCACCACUAUUGCCAUCUAAUUUUUGCAUUUUUAGUAGAGACAGGGUUUCACCAUGUUGGCCAGGCUGCUCUGGAGCUCCUGACCUCAAGUGAUCUACCUGCCUUGGUCUGGAAAAUUGAUGGGAUUACAGGUGUGAGCCACCAUGCCUGGCCUGUUUUCAUUUUUUGUUAUUUUUAAAAGAAGCCUACAUCAUGCUCUGAAUAACCUUUUUUUUUGCAUUGACAAAAUUAAAUAUAAUGCAAGGAAAAUUUUUGAAUUCCAA